AUGCGUAUACAGUUUUUCGUAUUCGUAUUUCGUCGUAUACCAUCUCCCGUAUACCACUUCGUAUACCUUAUCUCACGUAUACCAUACCACUUCGUAUUCGUAUACCAUCUCCGUAUACCACUCCGUAUUCGUAUACCAUUCACUUCGUAUGCGUAUGCGUAUACCAACUUCGUAUCCGUAUACCAGAAACUACUACCACCAAUUUUUAGGCAUUACCCUUACUACUCACAACAAGUGCCAACUUUUUGA